AUGACGCCACUGACCUCGCGUGUCUCGGGGACGCAAUUGCCCGCGUCCAUAGGGUUUAACGAAGCCGAAGGAUUCCGCUGUACGUCCUAUGCGCGCUACGAUCUUCGCCUGGUGGUUGCGCCAUACCUUUCGAAAUUGGAGUCUGCCAAGGAUAACGGUGUGGCAGCAGCAGCCGCAAGACAAGAGUCAGGAGACGCCAUGCGACUCAAGAGGUCACUCGAGUCGUUCGCUGCAAGAAGGCCUGCACCACUUGAAACCUGGGCUGACCGCAACUUCGCGAUUGAAACGCUUCUACGUUGUAAAAAGAUGAGUAUGCUUAUCGCUGGAAAUGCCCCCACUGGAUCAAACCCCCAGCAGGAAAGCCCCAAGGCCAUGCGUGCGAUCACGGUGCGAUCACGGGGAUCCCGGUCCCCUGUCCCCGAGGGUCCGGGCAGCGGUUUGCUAGAGAAUCCUAGUGGUCUUUUAGUCAAUCUAGGCCCGAUGGGUACUUGGUUCGGCAGUGAUCGGCGGGCUUGAUUACAGGUG